AUGAAUAAAGAGAGUUGGAUUGAGCGAUGUCUCAAUGAAAGUGAAAACAAACGUUAUUCCAGUCACACCUCUCUGGGGAAUGUUUCUAACGAUGAAAAUGAGGAAAAAGAAAAUAAUAGAGCAUCAAAACCGCAUUCAACUCCAGCUACACUGCAAUGGCUGGAGGAGAACUAUGAGAUUGCAGAAGGUGUUUGCAUUCCUCGAAGUGCUCUCUACAUGCAUUACCUGGACUUCUGUGAGAAAAACGACACGCAACCUGUUAAUGCUGCCAGCUUUGGGAAGAUAAUAAGACAACAGUUUCCACAACUAACGACAAGAAGACUUGGAACCAGAGGCCAAUCAAAGUACCAUUAUUAUGGAAUUGCAGUGAAAGAAAACUCCCAGUAUUAUGAUGUGAUGUAUUCUAAAAAAGGAGCAGCUUGGGUCAACGAAACAGGAAAAAAAGAAGUAACCAAACAGACAGUGGCGUAUUCACCACGAUCCAAACUGGGAACAUUGCUGCCAGAGUUUCCAAAUGUCAAAGAUCUAAAUCUGCCAGCCAGCCUGCCAGAGGAGAAGGUUUCUACCUUUAUUAUGAUGUAUAGGACUCACUGUCAGAGGAUACUAGACACUGUAAUAAGAGCAAACUUUGAUGAGGUUCAAAGUUUUCUUCUGCACUUUUGGCAAGGGAUGCCUCCUCACAUGCUGCCCGUACUGGGCUCUUCAACUGUAGUGAAUAUAGUGGGAGUUUGUGACUCAAUUCUGUACAAGGCGAUUUCUGGAGUUUUGAUGCCAACAGUGCUACAGGCCUUACCUGACAGUUUGACGCAGGUGAUCCGAAAGUUUGCAAAGCAACUGGAUGAGUGGCUGAAAGUAGCUCUCCAUGAUUUGCCAGAAAACCUACGAAAUAUCAAAUUUGAGUUGUCCAGAAGAUUCUCACAAAUAUUACGGCGACAGACGUCCCUAAAUCAUCUCUGCCAAGCAUCAAGAACAGUGAUCCACAGUGCAGACAUCACAUUUCAAAUGCUGGAGGACUGGAGGAAUGUGGAUCUGAAUAGCAUUACCAAACAAACCCUCUAUACUAUGGAGGACUCACGGGAGGAACACAGAAAGCUCAUCAUACAAUUGUAUCAGGAGUUUGAUCACCUUUUGGAGGAGCAGUCCCCCAUUGAGUCGUACAUCGAGUGGCUGGAUUCCAUGGUGGACAGAUGUGUUGUAAAGGUAGCUGCCAAGAGACAAGGCUCUUUGAAGAAAGUAGCUCAGCAGUUUCUCCUGAUGUGGUCCUGUUUUGGCACUCGAGUGAUUCGGGACAUGACUUUGCACAGCGCACCCAGCUUUGGGUCUUUUCACCUUAUUCACUUGAUGUUCGAUGACUACGUAUUGUAUCUGCUAGAAUCACUCCAUUGUCAGGAGAAAGCUAAUGAGCUAAUGAGGGCAAUGAAGGGAGAAGGAAGCACAGCAGAAAUACGAGAAGAAAUUAUUCUGAGUGAACCAGCUGCUCCAACUCCAUCCCCAGCGCCGUUCUCCCCAGCUAAAUCUGCCACCUCUGUGGAAAUGCCCUCUGCCCCAUCACCCAUCAGCAACCAGUCCCCAGAGUAUGGUGGCAUAACAGCUACUACAGGGGCCAUGCAAUCCUACACAUGGUCACUCACCUACACUGUGACAACAGCUGCUGGGUCACCUGCUGAGAAUUCCCAACAGCUGUCCUGCAUGAGGAGCCCUCACGUACCUUCAUCAUCCGUCACACACCGGAUACCUGUUUAUCCCCACAGAGAAGAACAUGGAUACACAGGAAGUUACAACUAUGGUAGCUAUAGCAACCAGCAUCCCCAUCCAAUGCAGAGUCAGUAUCCAUCCUUACCACAUGAUACUGCUAUUUCUGGACCACUUCACUACUCAGCUUACCACAGGAGCUCUUCACAGUACCCUUUCAAUGGCCCAACAUCAAGAAUGGAGCCCUGUUUGAUGAGCAGUACUCCCAGGCUGCAUCCCACACCAGUGACUCCGCGCUGGCCAGAGGUCCCAGCUGCCAACUCCUGCUACACGAGCUCCUCCAUGCACUCCACGAGAUACGGGAAUUCCAGUGACAUGUACACGCCCUUGACAACGCGCAGGAAUUCUGAGUACGAGCACAUGCAACACUUUCCCGGCUUUGCCUACAUCAAUGGGGAAGCCACCACAGGCUGGGCUAAGUGAAGAUGACUGGUAUCAGCUAAGCCCACACGCUUACAAGAGUUAGAGAAGCUUCGUGCCGUGUGGGACUUUUCAUGGACGUUCUUCAAGGGAGGUGAAAAUGGAAAAGAUCCCGGGCAGAUAAAUGUAGUUCCUAACGUGGGCAGAUUGCAGACCAGUACAACUGAAUGUUCCUGUAGCCGAAAAAUACUUCUGUGCUGUUCUAAACCGUUUUUGGGCCGAUCUGUGCCUUCUUUAAUUCUGGGCCAACCCUGUGUGCUCUCAGUUUGAGUGAGCCAUUUUUACCCCCUCUCUUAUUGACAAACGUUAAUGAGUCUUAAAAAAAAAAAGGACUGAAA